CGGAUGAUUCUACUAUAAACUUAACGGUGAAAAUAUCUAAAAAUAAAGAUUUGUGCUUUCCUAAUCAACGCAUAGGAUCAUUAGAGGAAAUUAAAGGUCUCAUUAGAGGGCUUGAGUUGCUUAGAGAAAAUACAAUUCUUCAAGGAGAUGAUGGUCAAGUUAUGAAUACACAACAUCUAGAGUCUGCAAGAUCGACUGGUUCCCUCAACAUUACUUUGGCUAAUCAAUAUAUAGAUACUGGAUUACAAAUCCUUGAGAAAGCAUUUAAUUGUCAAUUCCAAGAUCCUAAUAAUAUGAAAGAAAGAUUCUUGAAAUAUUUAAACAAAAAAUACAUGACUUGGAAAAGUGAUACCAAUCAUCGUGUACCAUACAGUACAAUAUUUCAAAGUUCCGGUUAUGGGAAAUCCCGACUAGUUAAAGAAGUAGCUAAGGAUAUUCCUACAAUUUACCUUUGUCUCCGGGAUGUAAGAAGUACUGGAUACCCUUUACGAACAAGUUUGGGCGCAGACCUUUUUGAACGAGUGCUUGAAAAUCUAAAAGAGGGAGAGGAAUGGAGAUUUCUGUAUAUUCUGCAGCUUGCUAUUCAAUGUUUUAAAGAGGAAUUAGCAAAAUGUGACAAUAACUGUGAAAAAUUGUGGAAUAGUCAGAUGGACACAGCGUUCUGUGAAAGAGUAUGGGUUAAUAUCCAACAUAAGUCAGAAAACUGGAGAAGCAUAUGUAAUGAUGAAGUGAAUAAUUCAGCUGAUUUUAUAUUUGAUAAAGAUUCAAGUAAAGUUUCCUUUAUUCUCUGCAUUGAUGAGGCUAGGACUCUUAUACCAUCGGCUAGUAAAACUUCACCAUUUAGAUUGCUACGUAGAGCAUUAAGAAAAAUAAAAUGGAAUGGAUUUUUUGUAUUGCUUUUAGAUACACUUAGCAAGAUAUCAAAUUUUGCACCUCCUAAAUCAAUAGACCCAUCAAGUCGGGAUACUUCAGACUUGCCUCUUAAAUUGUUUUAUCCAUAUUUCCGACUAACUACAAUGGAUGUUUUCGAAUCUAAUACUUAUAAAGAUGAGUCCUGGAAUUUGGCUAAAUUUGGUCGACCUUUAUAUAUUUCAUACUUGCAAAGUUGUGAUGACGAUCCUGAAGCCAUUGAUAAACUUAAGAAUCUUCUUGAGCGAAAGUUACUAGGUGGAGCAAAUAAUUUUGAAGAAAGUCAGCAGGAUAUUUCUAGUUUGGCAAUUUUGUCAUCCAUAAUAGGGUUAGAUAUGUCCCCACAAUCUCAAUUGGCUUCAGAACUUGUUGCUUCACAUAUGACUACUUGUGUUUCUGUUUCAGAAGAUAGGGAACGGUUGAUUAUUGCAUUUCCUUCAGAACCUUUAUUAUCAGACGUAGCACUUAAUUUUAUAUCAGAUUCCAUAUUAUCAAAAAUAUUAAAACAGUUUAACGCUUUACUCAAGAAGGGUCUUGUGGAACCUGGACCUCGAGGAGAAAUUGUUAGCCGAAUUAUCCUUGCUAUUGUGGCUUAUAAGUUGAAAACUGGGACAGAUAAUAGUGUUCAAAAAUUUCUUGAAGAACUUUAUCAUGAAGAUUCUAUGUUAGACUUGGAUGGUUUUUCAGAUGAAUUUACUAAUGGGACAGUAUCAUUUACUCAUUUCAAUGCAAUUGAAUAUGUACCAGCAAAAAAAGAUUUAAAACGGUUUUAUUCAAGAAGAUGUGCUUUUAUUAUGAAACGAAAUCAUCCUGGUGCAGAUAUUUGUAUUCCUGUUAAACUAGCGACUGAUACUGAUAAAUAUAGUCUUAUUAUUAUUCAAAUCAAGAAUAUUGACACAACAAGUAUAACAAGUGACAAAAAAUAUCCUGCCUCAGCUAAUUCUAUGCUUGAUUGUAGUUAUGUGUUUGAGAAAUCUGAUUUAAAAGAUCAUCAUGAACCAUGUUUGUGUUUAUACUGGCAACUUGGAUAUAGUUAUCACUAUCAGGAAGACCCAAAUGAAAGUACUGUGAAAACCC